GCAGCAUUUAAAUUGUUUAAAUCUAGAGUGGAUGUGCCGAGCCGUUGUGUUGGGUGUUCAGAUCGGUUGCUGUAGGAGAAAGGGCAGAGUGUCGCGAUGGCUGAUCGUCAGAGUGUUUUAGAUUUGAUUAAAUGUUUCAGGCAGCAGUGUUCCCUUCUGUGUGACAGUGAGAGGACCACCAUAUGCAGUGCAGAUGACAUGCUGCUUAUGUUACAGUUGGCAACGGCAGAAGUGAACAAAAAGAAUGGGGAAGAAUUUACAGCUUCCCUUAGUGAUGUACUGCUUAUGUGGAAACACUUGAUUAAAGAUAAACUUGGCUUUAUUCGUGAUGGCACCGUAGCUCCUGAGAACUAUGAUGAUGUUCAAAAAACCUACAACCUUUUAUUGAAAAAUGGCAAUACACUGGAUCUAAUUGAUAUACAUGGAAAACUGAGUUGUACUCCAGAAGCAAGCAACCUUUCUUCUGAACACUUACUGGAAUUUCUAUCUGGAAGCCAGUUGGAAGACGAGUGCAGGAUAGCCUCGGUUUCAACCCCAUGUAAGAAUAUGGAUUUAAGAAAGAGGAAAGAAGUUGUACAAAGGAUCUUUUGUUCAUACUUAAGUCUUCUAGUGAAUUCUAAAAAUGACCUUGCUCUAGCCCAAGUCCUAAACUGCCCAGACAGAGGCCUGGAAAGAGAAGCCUUUACAGACCUUAAACAUGCUGCAAGAAACAAGCAAAUGUCCUUGUUCUUGGCGGCAACAUCAUUUAUAAGGAUCCUGGAGCUUGGUGGAAAGGGCUAUGCGCCAUCUGAAUCUGAUCCAUUAAGGAAACAUUUGAAGGGCCUUUCUCUGUUUGUUCAUUUUAUUGACAAGCUCAGCGAAGUCCUUGGGGAAACACAAAAUGCAAGAACUGCAGCAGAGCGGAUUUUGUCAACCAUAAAGAUGCACCUUAUUAAAGGAAGAUGCAGUGGGGAUCUGUUUAGUGAAGCUGUGAUGGAGGUUGCACACAGUUUGGAUCUGAGAAUUAAAAACCUUAUUAAUUCUAGUGAAGAGAAAAACGAGAGCUCCACAGGAAUCAGUCCAGCACGGCCUAGAAUUCAUGCAAUCAACCGAGGCACAGCUUUAUGUGGUAGGGAAACCAUAAAAACGUUGCUAGUACUUCUGGAUGAAGAAGCUGCCAAUCCACCCAGCAAAAGCAAAGCUGACUUAUUAUAUGCUGAAGAUGCCACCCUCUUUGGAUCCAUUUCUAUCCUGUCACUGUUUAGGACUCCUGAACAGUGUAAUGAAUCUUCUCUCAAAUCUCUCAGCCAGCGUGUCCAGAAGUGCAUUAACAAAGACAAACCUAAGCUGAAGCAGAACUUGAUAAAAUCUCAAUUUUCCUGCACUUACAAAGAAACCUCAGCAUAUCAGCCCAAGAUAGAUUUUCCAAGUAUGAGCCAAGUUCCAACUUGCAUCCAUCCAGCUCCAAAAUUUGUUCCAGUGCUUUGUUUUGAUGAAGAACCAAUAGGUGAUAUAAGCAAGAAAACCUUUGGCAUACGUUCUGGUAAUAUUGACUCUGGUAAUAAAGAUGUGAAGGGAAAACCCAGUAAACAGUCAGUCCAAAAGAGCUCAAAGAGAAAGCAAGUGGACACUGGUGAGGACCAAGGCAACAUUGAAGAUGAACCUCCACAAAAGAAGCUUGCUGGAUUGACAAAAACAAAGGAAAAGGCAGCUAGUAGUAAAACUAAAGUUAAAGCUGUAGCCAAGAACAAGCAUAUUGUGGGACAAGCUAAGUUAACAACCUUUUUCCGGUUGUAGGUUGUUUUUUUGUUUUGUUUUCUUCAUAGUUAAAAUGGUUUGUAUACCUGACUAUUUAGCUGUUAAAUUGUUUUGUGGCUUGUUUUAUUUAUUUUUAUUGCAUUUUAUCAUGUUUUUUUUUUUUUUUUUCAGAAAAUGACAUGGUUUUUAUAUUGCACUGAUCACUUUAUUUACAUUUAAUAAAUGUACACAAUGCACUUUU